AGCUUCUGGCCAGGAAACGUUGUUGACUGGAUUUAAGUUGGGUUUCCUUAAGUAAUAGUAAGGGUUCUAAAAAGAUGAAGGUGUGAAGUCUAAAGAGAUGGCUGCUAGAGACGCAAGCCUUCCCACCAUUUUUUUUUUUUUUUUUUGUCUUUCCCGUUUUACAUCUUCACAAUGAAAUAUAAUUUGAUGUUUGCCCGUGUUUGAAUACUCCAUGAAGAUAAGGAAAAUACAUGUUUGUGUCUAACAGUGUCUGGCAUGUGAAAACCCCAACAAUUUAAAGGUUAAAGACUGUUUGUGGCUGCUGUUAAUGAAAACCACAGGAACUAAAAACAAAAACAAAAGCAAAAACAAAGUUUUAAUUGAGCAUUUUAUAUAAUUUCAUUUGCUCUCCACUCUUAGAGACUUUUUAAUGUUUGCACAGAGUUUACAAUAUAAAUUUACAACGAAUCCAAGUCCACUUUCAAAUAACACUAUGCCACUUCAUGUUGAUUUCUAUUGAGAUGGACUCAAUCUCAGACAUUCUUUUCUCAGCUGUGUCCAGUCUACCGAGAGGCCCAUCAAAGGUAGAGUACAAAACAUGUUCUCCCUGCAGUCUCACGAAUUGUGAACAAAAACUGAAGUGAAAACUCCCAGUGCAUAACUCGUCAAUACUCCUGUGAUCGUAUAACCAUCAGCAAGGAAACAAAUUUGAUUGAGCCCCCAUCCAGUCCUCUUUGCGUGGAAUCAGACCUCUUUCGCAGUGGAAAGGAGCAGUGCUGCAGCUCUGAUGAUUCAACUCUGCCAGAAGAUGGAUCUUUAAUGAUUAGCACUACACACUGACCAACUCAGAAGAAGGAGCCACACCACCUGUGACUCCAGCCCUGACUUCUGCUCUGGACUAGUGUUUCCGUAACAGUGACUUCAAAAUCACUGUGAUUUGAAGCCUUGUUGAACAUGAAGAUGUUACUCCUGCUGCAUUGGCUUGGGGUGUUUCUGUCCUGUUCUGGACACAUCCAGGAUGAGCACCCCCAAUAUCACAGCCCUCCAGAUGUGGUGAUUCCUGUGAGGAUAACUGGCACCACCAGAGGCGUGAAACCUCCAGGCUGGCUCUCCUAUAUCCUGCCCUUUGGAGGCCAGAAACACAUUAUCCACAUAAAGGUCAAGAAGUUUUUGUUUUCCAAACACCUCCCUGUGUUCACCUACACAGACCAGGGUGCUAUCCUUGAGGACCAGCCUUUUGUCCAGAAUAACUGCUACUAUCAUGGUUAUGUGGAAGGGGACCCAGAAUCCCUGGUUUCCCUCAGUACCUGUUUUGGGGGUUUUCAAGGAAUAUUACAGAUAAAUGACUUUGCUUAUGAAAUCAAGCCCCUAGCAUUUUCUACCACGUUUGAACAUCUGGUAUAUAAGAUGGACAGUGAGGAGAAACAAUUUUCAACCAUGAGAUCCGGAUUUAUGCAAAAUGAAAUAACAUGCCAAAUGGAAUUUGAAGAAAUUGAUAAUUCGACUCAGAAGCAAAGUUCUUAUGUGGGCUGGUGGAUCCAUUUUAGGAUUGUUGAAAUUGUAGUCGUCAUUGAUAAUUAUCUAUACAUUCGUUAUGAAAGGAAUGACUCAAAGUUGCUGGAGGAUCUAUACGUUAUUGUUAAUAUAGUGGAUUCCAUUUUGGAUGUCAUUGGUGUUAAGGUGUUAUUAUUCGGUUUGGAGAUCUGGACCAAUAAAAACCUCAUUGUAGUAGAUGAUGUAAGGAAAUCUGUGCACCUGUAUUGCAAGUGGAAGUCGGAGAACAUUACUCCCCGGAUGCAACAUGACACCUCACAUCUUUUCACAACUCUAGGAUUAAGAGGGUUAAGUGGCAUAGGAGCUUUUAGAGGAAUGUGUACACCACACCGUAGUUGUGCAAUUGUUACUUUCAUGAACAAAACUUUGGGCACUUUUUCAAUUGCAGUGGCUCAUCAUCUAGGUCAUAAUUUGGGCAUGAAUCAUGAUGAGGAUACAUGUCGUUGUUCACAACCUAGAUGCAUAAUGCAUGAAGGCAACCCACCAAUAACUAAAUUUAGCAAUUGUAGUUAUGGUGAUUUUUGGGAAUAUACUGUAGAGAGGACAAAGUGUUUGCUUGAAACUCUACACACAAAGGACAUCUUUAAUGUGAAGCGCUGUGGGAAUGGUGUUGUUGAAGAAGGAGAAGAGUGUGACUGUGGACCUUUAAAGCAUUGUGCAAAAGAUCCCUGCUGUCUGUCAAACUGCACUCUGACUGAUGGUUCUACUUGUGCUUUUGGGCUUUGUUGCAAAGACUGCAAGUUCCUACCAUCAGGGAAAGUGUGUAGAAAGGAGGUCAAUGAAUGUGAUCUUCCAGAGUGGUGCAAUGGUACUUCCCAUCAGUGCCCAGAUGACUUUUAUGUGGAAGAUGGAAUUCCCUGUAAGGAGAGGGGCUACUGCUAUGAAAAGAAGUGUCAUGACCGCAAUGAACAGUGUAGGAGGAUUUUUGGUGCAGGGGCAAAUACUGCAAGUGAGACUUGCUACAAACAACUGAACACCUUAGGUGACCGUGUUGGUCACUGUGGUAUCAAAAAUGCUACAUAUAUAAAAUGUAAUAUCUCAGAUGUCCAGUGUGGAAGAAUUCAGUGUGAUAAUGUGACAGAAAUUCCCAGUUUGAGUGAUCAUACUACUGUGCAUUGGGCUCGCUUCAAUGACAUAAUGUGCUGGAGUACUGAUUACCAUUUGGGGAUGAAGGGACCUGAUAUUGGUGAAGUGAAAGAUGGAACAGAGUGUGGGAUAGAUCAUAUAUGCAUCCACAGGCACUGUGUCCAUAUAACCAUCUUGAAUAGUAAUUGCUCUCCUGCAUUUUGUAACAAGAGGGGCAUCUGCAAUAAUAAACAUCACUGCCAUUGCAAUUAUCUGUGGGACCCUCCCAACUGCCUGAUAGAAGGCUAUGGAGGUAGUGUUGACAGUGGCCCACCCCCUAAGAGAAAGAAGAAAAAGAAGUUUUGUUAUCUGUGUGUAUUGUUGCUUAUUGUUUUGUUUAUUUUAUUAUGUUGUCUUUAUCGACUUUGUAAAAAAUGUAAGCCAAUAAAAAAGCAGCAAGAUGUUCAAACUCCAUCUGCAAAAGAAGAGGAAAAAAUUCAGCAUCAACCUCAUGAGUUACCUCCCCAGAGUCAACCUUGGGUGAUGCCUUCCCAGAGUCAACCUCCUGUGACGCCUUCCCAGAGUCAACCUCAGGUGAUGCCUUCCCAGAGUCAACCUCCUGUGACACCCUCCCAGAGUCAACCUCGGGUGAUGCCUUCUCAGAGUCAACCUCCUGUGAUGCCCUCCCAGAGGCAACCUCAGUUGAUGCCUUCCCAGAGUCAACCUCCUGUGAUGCCCUCCCAGAGCAAACCUCAGGUGACGCCCUCCCAGAGCCAACCUCGGGUGACGCCCUCCCAGAGUCAACCUCAUGUGACACCUUACCGGAGUCAAAGUGGGAAACAAAAGCAAUCAGUACCAAUUCCAAAAACUGUAUCCAGAAAAGGUACAUUAAAAAAAUAAUUCCUAGU